UCAAACAGUUGGUGGGUCACCACUGCCUUGGUCUUCUGCUGCUGAGCUAACACAUGCGCUCCAGACGAAUUGUUACAAGAAAGAAGCAAUCACCAAAAAGAUUACAAAAUGACUUAUUCUGAGGGCAGUGUGAAUUCCCGAAGGAUACCUAUGCGAGUAAGACUAAGCACAGGAUCACCUGGCUCAAACUCGACCCCGACUCUUUUAUUUCAGAGAAGCAGCAUCCAGAAGUCCAUCAGAACCAAUUCUCCAAUUGCUCGGUAUAGCAGUGCUUCCCUUGGGAGCAAACGCAGUGAUAUUGACAUGGCAGACUUCUCCUUGGUGGACGGUUUCAGCAGCGAGUACAAAGCCACUCGCACCAAUGAGAAAGAAGAGAUGACAAAGUUGAACAACCGUUUUGCCAACUUCAUCGAUAAGGUGAGGUUACUGGAACAGCAGAACAAGAUCCUUAGUGCUGAGCUGGAGCAAUGGAAGGGGAAAGGGUCAUCCAAGAUUGGAGAUCUUUAUGAACAGGAGCUGAGAGAUGUACGUCACCAUCUGGACCAGACCAUCAAGGAGAAAGCCAAGGUUCAGUUGGAAAGAGAGAACCUGAUUGAUGAUUUGAAGAAGCUCAGGAGCAGCCUGCAAGAUGAAAUACAACAACGGCAGGAAGCUGAAACCAUGCUAUCAGAUUUCAGAGAGGAUGUGGACGAAGCUGCUCUAUCCUGUGUAGAUCUGCAACGUAAAGUUGACUCAUUGCAGGAAGACAUUGCCUUCUUAAAGAAACUCCAUGAAGAAGAAAUUCAUGAACUUCAAGGUCAAGUCCAGAAUAAUCACAUCCCGAUUGAGAUGACACUAGCUAAACCUGACUUGUCCGCAGCAUUACGUGAUGUUCGCUCUCAGUUUGAAAACCUUGCCGCAAAAAAUGUUUAUGAAACUGAGGAAUGGUACAAGUCCAAGUUUGUAGACCUUUCGGAAACCACUGCUCGCAACAAUGAAGCUCUUCGUUUGGCGAAACAAGAGGCCAAGGAUCACCGCAAACAAAUUCAGGUGCUCGGUUCUGAAAUCAGUGCACUUAAAGGAAUGAAUGAAUCUCUUGAGCGUCAGAAACUUGAAAUGGAGGAUCGGUUUAACCUGGAGGCAAGUCACUUCCAGGACUCCGUCAAUCACCUUGAAGACGACAUUCGCAACAUGAAUGUUCAGAUGACUCAUCAUUUGCAUGAAUAUCAUGAGCUACUGAAAGUAAAGAUGGCUCUAGAUAUUGAGAUUGAAACCUACAGGAAGCUCCUGGAGGGUGAGGAGAGCAGGAUGCCUGCUCCAAAUCGUGGUUUUCUGAGUCCGCGAGAACCAAACACUCCAGAGGAAACCCAUUCGAAAGUCUAUUCCAUGGAGAAGAAACUCUCUGUGAAAACAUUUGAAGAAUUAGAUGAACUGGUGCUAAAUGAACCUGUCCGGAAUAUUGAAGUGCAAUUGACCAGCGAAGAGGAAGAACCAGCUGAAGAGUAAUCUUACAGUAAAGGCCUGAAAUGCUGCGGAUUUCAACAAAGACUGGAGCUGUUUAAAAGAAACAAAGUAAUGCAAAAAUAUGCUUCUUCUUAAUCA